AUGAUAUUUCCACUAUGUAUACCAUUAUUACUAAGUAUUUUAAACCAUCCCGUUUCAUCAUUCCUCCCCACUUUUACACCUGAAAGUCGUCAACUGUGUGAGGGUUUCGGAUUCAACUGGGCAGCCGAAAUUCGCUGUCUUCGAGACGCCUAUUCAAAAUGUGAGGAAGGAGAAGAGAAAAGUCGAGAAGGAAGAUCUCUCCAAAAUCAGCCGGCCAAUAAUAUUCACUAUUUGAAUGAUGCCACGUCGUCGCCAUCCCAAGAUUACGGUAGCCCUUAUUCUUAUCACCGCCCUUAUUCAAGACCCUACUACUACCGUAACUCCAUCAGCCCCAUUAGACCGCCCGUUCCACAUCCCAUCGCCUCUUCCAGUCCAACGAGCUGCGACUGUAAAGGAGAACUAGAGAAAUUGGAAACAAAGUUUGAUAAGAAAUUGUAUGAGGUGAAAAUGAAGAGUCAAUAUGAUACUGAGAAACAAGUGGGAGAGCUUAGAAAACAAUUCGAAACGGAUUUGAGGAAUUACGAGAGAAUUACCACUACAGAUGUGGUCGAAAUUAAGAGAACACUAGAUUAUAUGCAAGCACCAAGAGUCACCAAUAACGGAAUGGAAUAUUUUUUUAUUCAACGUGAGGAGAGCUGGUAUACGGCAUCGGAAAAAUGUAUAGGGUACGGAGCUCAUUUGGCAUCCAUUCACUCCCGUUUGGAUAAUGGGUUCCUGACGAAAUUGAUACCUGCCAAUCAGACGGUUUGGAUAGGAGUGAAUGAUGUUCAGAAGGAAAGCGUCUUUAAGAAUUCUGAUGGAUCACCAGUAGAUUAUUUUAGAUGGGCACAGAAUCAACCAAACAACGAGGAGCACAACGAGAAUUGUGUAGAAGUGGAUCAUAAUGGAUACUGGAAUGAUAAACUCUGUAUUAUCACAAGGCCAUUUGUUUGCAAAAAAUUAAUUGCAUAA